AUGGUAGAAGCAUUCAAGAAGGACAUGAUGAAAGAAUAUGAGAUGACUGAUUUGGGUUCUAUGAAGUAUUUUCUAGGAAUUCAAGUCCAACAAUCGGAAAAAGGGAUUUUUAUGUAUCAAGAAAAGUAUGCAGAAAAUCUCUUGAAAAGGUUCAAUAUGUUGAAUUGCAAGUCAAUGGAUAUUCCAAUGGCAAUUAAUUUAAAGCUUUCAAGUAAUGAUGUAGCACCAAGAGUUGAUGCUUCUAUGUAUAGAAGUAUUGUUGGCUCACUUAUUUAUUUAUCUAAUACAAGGCCAGACAUAGUUCAUGCAGUUAGUGUUGUAUCUCGAUUCAUGAAUGAUCCAAGUAAUCAUCAUUUUGAUGCUAUUAAAAGAAUACUAAGAUAUGUGCAAGGAACCAAAGGAUAUGGCAUCAAAUAUACACAAGAGAAAGAAAGCAUUUUAGUUGGGUUCACAGACAGCGAUUAG